UUCGCUUUAGAGAGAUGGCACCAGGUGAUGCCAUAAACGACGGAUGAUGCUGUGCGCCAUACCCCCUCUCGCGCUUUCGUUUCUUUUUUUCUGCCUGGGAGAGGACGCACGAGGGAAAGCGAACGACCCGGAGAGGGAGAAAACACGACCAGGACAGACAAGGAAGCGACAUGUCAGUUUUAACGAGCUGUGAAGUUGGAGUCGCUCUUUUUUUUCUUAGAGGGGUAGACAUGGCGAAAUUUCCCUAGCGCGCGCCUUCUUAACUCCCCACAUAUCUUUUUUUUCGUUUUUUUUUAUAAUGGGAAGAUGAAGUCACCCAAGUCUGCACCCCCUCACCACUGCCUCCUCUACCCCUUAUAUGUUUAAUUAACUAGGCUGAUGUGUAAGUACCUUCAGCUAGCGGAGCGUGGGCGGCCGGGCUGCUGCGGGGUAAAGACACUGUCGGGAGAAUAUUUCCUUCUUCCUCUCCGCCCGGACGGCUCGGUCGGCUGCCGAGCGUCACCUCGGUCGUGCGGCGCGGAAAGCUACAAAAAUAACUCGACCCGUUUGAACUUGUUCCGAAUUGUUUAGGGCGGCUUGGAGUGCGGUGCUCGUCGGAGAGCGCGUGAGGGGAGCAGCAGCAGGAGGAGGAGAAGAGGGGGGAGAGAAGGAGGGCAAGUGAGAAAAGAUAGGGAGAGAGAGUGUGUGAAUAUAUAUGUAUGUGUGUGUGUUUUGAUGUUAUUUGUGACGGAAUCCCCCCCUUCAGUCUCCAAGAAUCCGCGAGCGGCGCAAGGAGGAGGAGGACAGGAGAGGAGGAGGAGGAGGCGGCGCGCGGACCUGUCCACGAGCCCUCACUGCGGAACGCGCGGGGCUGCCGCUGGAGAUUCCAAACCAACGGUUAUUUUGGAUUCUAGAGUCUAACUGAUCCCCGCGCGCCAGGGGGCUUUUUCCCCCACCCCGUCUCUCCCGUUGAAUGGACGGCGUUUGACAUCUAAACCGAGAGGAAUACUACCUAUCUACGGGUGGGAGAGGUGGCGGUGGAGGGGGAAGUCUUCAGAACCAGACAGGUGGAUUUAUCCGUGUGGUUUCGUUUUUUGGGGGAAGGGAAAUUGAAUGGAGGAGAAAUUGAUGGAUUAAUCUGACGAAGGAGAGUCGUAUGCGAUUCCCACUCCUGCCGAGGGCACCCGAAUGGAGUAACAGGCUGCAAUGUCAUCUCCACCUGGCCGCCUGGAGAGAUGUGUCACGGGAAUGGGAUCAAGUUUGAACACUUUUCCUCUGGUUUCACCGACGCCGUAAGAAGGAACCAAAAUGCCAGUAAACGGACAGGUCACGGUGGCUGCCCGCACGGGCCCUCGCACCACGGCAGCACAAGUCAACAUUCAUCGCACGGACUCCGCAGAAGAAGGCGCAAAACCUCCGCGAAAACAACCCCGCAGCAGCCGCGCUUUGUGACACCGAAGGGUAUAAUGGGUGUAGUGGGCUGGAUGUUGCUCCUACUUUCCCAUAUGAUGGCGCCUGUGGCAUCCCAGAAGCCCCCAGGGCUCAGCGUGGGCGUGAUCAUGGGCCAGACGCGCGCCGUUAUCGACCAGGAUCUCCGACCACCUCGGCGCCCCGAAGACGCUCUCGAUGUUUCCGUGGUAACGCUGAAGAUGAACCAAACAGACCCAAAGUCUGUGAUUACACAGGUGUGUGAGCUUCUGUCUCGCACUCGUCUCCAUGGCAUCGUGUUUGCUGAUGGCACCGAUCAGGAGGCCAUUGCCCAGAUCCUUGACUUCCUGUCCGUUCAGACUCAACUUCCAGUCCUGGGAGUCCACGGAGGCUCCUCUAUGAUUAUGGCUGACAAGGAUGAGAAAUCCACAUUCUUCCAGUUCGGCGCGGCUCUGCAGCAGGAGGCUCUGCUCAUGCUUGCUAUCAUGGAGGAAUACGACUGGCAUGUUUUUUCUAUCGUCACAUCCAAGUUCCCCGGGUACCAGGAAUUCAUAAGCACGCUGAGGGUAACUGUGGAUCACAGCUUUGUGCGAUGGGACAUGCAGAGUGUGGUGACUCUAGAUGCUGUGGAUGGCGACCCAAACUCUAAAUCACACAUUGCACUCAAGAGGAUCCAGAGUCCUGUUAUAUUGCUCUACUGCUCCAAGGAUGAAGCCGUGUAUAUAAUGGAGGAGGCUCGGUCCUUGGGUCUGAUAGGAGCUGGUUACAUCUGGAUCGUGUCCAGUCUCACCACUGGCAACCCAGACUUUACCCCUGAGGUCUUCCCCCUGGGUAUGAUCUCUGUGUCCUAUGAUGACUGGGAGUACCCGCUCGAGACACGGGUGCGGGAUGGGGUGGGCAUCAUUUCCUCUGCAGCCACCUUCAUGUUGCGGGAGAAGGGAGAGCUACCAGAGGCCCAGAGCAGCUGCUACAGCACAGCAUCAGACAGGAGCCCGGGGAAGCUCCCACCUAGUGCCCUGCGCAGGCACAUGAUGCACGUGUGGAAUGAAGGCCGAGAUUUAUCCUUUACUCCAGACGGUUACCAGGCCAACCCAAAACUGGUGGUGAUCGUCCUAAAUGUGGAAAGGAAGUGGGAGAAGAUGGGCCGCUGGGAGAACGGGACGUUGUCGCUGAUGUUCCCUGUGUGGCCGAGGUAUAACUCCUAUGGGGACGAGGAUGCCGAUGAAAACCACCUCUCCAUUGUCACUCUGGAAGAGAAACCUUUCGUCAUUGUGGACAACGUAGACAUCCUCACUGGCACCUGCAUGAGAAACUCAGUGCCCUGCCGCAAACACGUUAAAAAUAACAGCACAUCAGGAGGCGCUUAUAUUAAGCAGUGCUGCAAGGGUUUCUGCAUUGACAUUCUCAAGAAGAUAGCCAGGAAUGUGAAGUUUACCUAUGACCUCUACCUGGUCACCAACGGGAAACACGGAAAGAAGAUCAACAACGUCUGGAAUGGCAUGGUUGGAGAGGUGGUGUAUAAAAAGGCAGAGAUGGCCGUUGGCUCGUUGACCAUUAACGAGGAGAGGUCGGAGGUCAUUGACUUCUCUGUGCCCUUUGUGGAGACUGGCAUCAGCGUCAUGGUGUCACGCAGCAACGGGACCGUCUCGCCUUCAGCCUUCCUCGAGCCCUUCAGUGCAUCGGUUUGGGUGAUGAUGUUUGUGAUGCUGCUCAUUGUCACAGCCAUCGCCGUCUUCCUCUUUGAGUUUGUCAGUCCGCUGGGCUUCAACCGCAACUUGGCCCAAGGCAAAGACCCACAUGGCCCCUCAUUCACCAUCGGUAAGGCCAUAUGGUUGCUGUGGGGUCUGGUGUUCAACAACUCUGUGCCUGUGCAGAACCCGAGGGGCACCACCAGUAAGUUCAUUGUCUCGGUGUGGGCCUUCUUUGCUGUCAUCUUCCUGGCCUCCUAUACUGCCAACCUGGCUGCUUUCAUGAUCCAAGAAGAGUUUGUGGACCAAGUCACUGGACUCUCUGACAAGAAGUUCCAGAGCCCGUACUCCUAUUCCCCUCCAUUUCGGUUCGGGACGGUUCCGAACGGGAGUACCGAGCGCAACAUCAGGAAGAACUACCCAGAUAUGCAUCAGUACAUGACCAAAUACCAUCAGACCGGCGUCGUGGAUGCACUAAUCAGCCUCAAGACCGGGAAGCUGGAUGCUUUCAUCUACGAUGCUGCGGUGUUGAACUACAUGGCGGGGAGAGAUGAUGGGUGUAAGCUGGUGACCAUCGGCAGCGGUUAUAUCUUUGCCACUACAGGUUAUGGCAUUGCCCUGCAGAAAGGAUCAUACUGGAAACGCCUGGUUGACCUGGCCAUACUGAGCAUCAUAGGAGACGGUGAGAUGGAGGAGCUGGAAGCUCAGUGGCUGACUGGGAUCUGCCACAAUGAGAAGAAUGAGGUAAUGUCCAGUCAACUGGAUGUGGACAACAUGGCAGGGGUCUUCUACAUGCUGGCCACAGCCAUGGGCCUCUCCAUCCUCACCUUCAUCUCGGAGCACCUUUUCUACUGGAGACUGAGAUACUGCUUCACUGGUGUCUGCUCUGGAAGGCCGGGCAUUCUCUUCACUAUCAGCAGGGGUAUAUGGAGCUGUAUCCACGGCGUUCAUAUAGAUAUGAAGAAGAAGGCACCAGAGCUGGACUUCAGUCCUCAAGCCAACAUGCUGCACCUGCUCAAGUCUGCCAAGUCCAUCGCUUUGCCUUCUCCCAAACGCAACACAGUCGUUGUGCAGCCCAGCAUCAUAGACAUGAUGUCAGGGAAAGGUAACUCCCUCCAUACUCUGCCUCAGAAGGGUCCUGGUCUCUAUAGCAACGCUGCGGGUCCACAGGCCUUCCUGUCAUUGUCCGGGAGGCACAAAAACCUCCUCAAUAAUGCUGCGCCAUUUCCUGGGCAACAAAAAGCUCCACCCCACCAGACCAGCCCCAACAAGCCCCAGCUGUCAAUCACAAAUGACAACGGCCAGACCCGCCUCACCGGGGCGGGCCUCACUGCAUCAAAGCCCCGAGCCUUGUGGAAGAAAAGUGUCGAGACCCUGAAGACUCAGCCGAGCGUCGUAUCUCCAGGCCACAGCCCCACCGCUGCAUCUGGGCCUGGACCGCCACAAAUGAAGAGCCAGCGCUACCUGCCCGAGGACCCACAACACUCAGACCUCUCGGAGUGCUCCAGUCGGCCACCGUCACACAAAGAUUCUGACUCCAUGGCAGCAAGGGGCGGAUUUAAGCCAAUCAAUCAACUGAGGAAGAGGGGUGGGGGCGGUGGAGGAGCAGGCGGUGGAGGUGGAGCAUCCAAGAUCUACUCCAUUGAUUCAGACCAGGCCAGUCUCCAGUCCGCUCCCCCAUACCAGCGAGACAGCCAGGGGGGAAGUGAUGAGCACCCUUACCCCCCUGACCUGUUUCCACCUGACAGCACAUACCCGCACACACACUCCCACCAGUCAGACGCACCCAUUUUGCAGCUGAGCGCCAGCCUCCUACACCACAGUCACAGCGCUGAGGCCGACCUGCACUCUCUGAAGGAUAAGAAAUACAGCACCUACACUCACAGCAGUGUGAAAGAGAAGGUCGGAGGUUCAUUCGAAGCUCCAAGCGCAGGUCCAGGGACGCAAAGUGUCAGGCCCGGCCACUGUCGCUCCUGCCUCACCAAGCUGAGCGGUUACUCUGGCCUCUACACUGUUCGCUCGCCACAAGCUCGCUGCGAUGCCUGCGCCCACCUGGGGAAUUUGUAUGACAUCAGUGAAGACCACCUGCACUCACACUACUCCCACACACACCCUCACCCACACAGCGCGGACAUGUUCACGCACUACCUUCCCCAGAGCGAGCUGGGCCUGGUGGGUGAGGGGGACGGGCUUGUCAGCCACUUUGAGCCCACCCCUUCCUCCCCGUCCCCUCUCCCCACCUCCUCCUCGACCCAGCACCUCCAGCUGAGUCGCCAGCACUCUUACGAGAAUGUGCUUCCGGACGGCAUUCCCGAGCGGCAGUCGCAGGCCCACCCCCACAUGCGGGGGCUGAGUCUGCCUGACAGAGAUAGGGAGAGGGAGCUGACCCUGGAUGAGGGGGCCUAUGCUAAUGUUCUCACAAUGCGCUCUGAUCGUCCGCUGAGCAGCCGCAGCCCCCCCUCUCCCUCACCCUCCCACCACCACAGUUUGGACACCCCGAUGCCUCUGCCACGGCGCUCGAAGAGCCUCUUCCCCGACCGCCCAUCCCACAACCCCUUCCUACAGUCGGCGCCGGGCACGGCACAACGCGAUCCCACCUCCCAGGCUACGACACGAAUGCCACAGAGAAAUUCCGCCCAUGAGCUCUAUAAGCAGCGAAUGCCUGUGUCACUUACCCUGGGUAACCAUGGCAACCAUCACUUCAACCAGCAUGGCAGCCAGGUCGACCAACAGGUGUUCUACCCUCCACAGGAGCCUCCCGUUGUGGCCUACAUGGUCCCACCUGCUGCCUCGCAGCCAAUGAGCUAUGUGACAGCGCCGCGGGCCUCGAGCGCGGGCGGCAACCGACCCCGGCUCUACCGCCGCAUGCCCAGCAUCGAGUCUGACGUCUGAGAGUCACACACAGCACACUAAAAAUCUCACUGAAACACACUAACACGCACGCAUGCAAAGAAAGAGGUGUGUGUGACCGGACGAGGCAGCUCUGAUUCUAAGCACAUGCACAAGAAACACACACACAGACAGACACGCACACACGGGUGAAAGGCGGGAAGCUCGGGACUAAAAAGGUUAACAGCGAGUAAAUAAAUCAUUGUUUUCUUUACCACACCCUCCAUAGGUCAGAGAUGGGAGGGCCACAGGGACAGCUGGAGGCACAAUACAAGAUGAAGAGAGUGUGUGUGUGUGUGUGUGUGUGAGUGUCAGUGUGUGUACCAGCCUCGAGCCGCGGGCAACGAGGCACGAACUGACAAUUUGUCCGACAAGACGGAUCGACAUCCUGUGGAAUACGAGGGACACUGUACACGGUUUCUUAACGCCAGCAGUGUGAUGUAAGGGAACUUGUGAUGAAGUGUUUGGAAGACGAGCCGACCUGUCACGCCCUCUCACCAGCCUCUUGGAGAUAAAGGGGACACACAAGAAACCCCUUUCUUUCUGAGAUUACACACACACGCAUAUUUAACCUAAACACACCCACCCCCUCUCUAGGACUCUCCUGUUGCACUAUGAUUUCUACAGUCAACCCGUAUGUUGUCUGAGCCUCCAAACUGCACUGCCAGCAUGGCUUAAAGAGUAGUAAACUUCACUUAGAGUAAUCCUUGACUUGAAUGGAAACCACUAUCUAUGUAACAGACCAGACCGGGCAGCGGGCAGCUGGUCAGGAAACAGGUCUGAGAAGUGUAUCAGCGCCCGCCUGCAGACGUACAAACACUCGAACACACACGCGUGCUGUCUGUUGUUACGGGGGG